UAGAGAAGUUUAAUUUCCUGAAACUUUUAUAUCUAUGAAUGGAAUAUAUCACAUUUCUCAUCUCGACAUUCCAAUAAUUAAUUCAAAUAAUUUGACAAUUACGAGAUUGGAAAUUUCAUGCGAAAUUUUUCAAACUUCUCCGAUUCUCUCCAUGAUUUUACUCGCAACGAAAGAAUCUCUAAAGAGACGAGAAGAAAAAAAAACAAGGUGGAUUAUCCGUUCACGACCGAUCGAAACCGGUGCGUUAUUCUAAGGUUUCCAGAAGCGGCUAAGGAAGCCAAGCAAUAGUCGAUGAAGUGAGACGGAAGAAACGGGAAAACGGCGAAGCGAAGAGACAGUCCUUUGAUCUAUCAUCCCUUUCUUUCAUCGCCUAUUCAUCGGCCCUCACACACGCAAAUUCUCUCCUCCCGUCCUCUAUUUUUUUUUUUUUCGCGACGCGAUUAUGGCUCACAAAGAGAGCGAAGGUGGCAGCUCGCCCGACACGGUAAUCGCGCGCUUCUCGUCGGACGAGGAGAAGCAGAAGCCAACUACGGCUACUUCCGGCGAAUAUGUCACCGCGGGUGACAGUAAUUCCAGUCUCGAUACUCUGACCAGCAGCAGCGGUGGCGUUGCGACCCUCUUUUCCAACAUUAGCACGGAUGAUCGCAAAAAAGGCAAAUUCGGUGCAUUCAAGAGCAGCUUUCGCGAGAGUGGUAUAUUCAAAAUCAAGAAGAAAUCCCGCGAGACCGAUCCAUCUUAUGAAGCGAACACGGAACAGGAUGAAAAAGCUUCCUUGAGGAAGCUCGAAAUAGGGGAUGACAAAGAGAUAUCUUGGCAGCAAUCGCAGCAGCUCCAGGAACCGAAAUCGGCAUCCUCGAUCUUGAAGAAGAAGAAAAAGAAGAAGUCGCAUUCGUUGGUGCGUAAAUUGAGCUUCAACAAAUUUCGUCAGUCCUCGGAACAGCAAGAAACGCGACAUACUCCAGAAGGUGAUAGUAGUCGAUCGCAGACUCAGUCCCCGCAAGAAUCGCCUGUUCAUCCGAACGAGCCGAUCAAGAAGCAAGGACAAGAGGACAACAACAGUCCGGAGAAAGGAAAAGGAACGAAGGGGGAGCCUAAGAAACCAGAAAAGCUACUCGAAACACCGAAGACUGUCACUGUAGUGCAACAUACAACGCCAUUGGUAACCAUCAAGAGCUUUGUUCAACAGGACACCGCGCAACGUCCGCAGCAAGAGAAGCAAGACACAGUCUCGCGUUCCGACGUGCAAUGCUAUUCGACGCUUCCUUACGCAUUGUCGAACUGGUCGAGAGAUAGCGAGACGAAGCCCGCAGAGGAUGCUGCGGUCAGAACAGGUAAAACAAGGGCCGAUUCGGAUUCUUGGGAUUUACGAAUGACAUCGAAAUCGUCGCCCGUCGAGGUACGCCGCAAAUUAUCGUUGCUGGAGGAGAAAAGAGCGAUAUUUCAACGACGUUUCUUCGAUUCUUCGUCCAAGGAUUCUCAUUCGAAAGACUCGGUGAUCGCGAUUAGCAGUUUGACAAUCGACGACGAGCCACCAAGCACCGCCGACGUGUUUUUUGAGCGAGAAGAAGAACGAAAGAAGACAAGAGCCCGGCAGAUCAGCGUGAAAACUUUCGACGCGUUUUCUACUUUCGACGAGGAAACGGCACUGGGUUACCUGGGUAGCAUCGAGGAAAAUUAUACAGAAAGCUAUAAUAAUAUGGACAAUCUCAGCAAAUCUCAUGCCGCCAUGGUGGGAGCUGUUGCUGACCAGUCGUCAUCGAGUAAUGCAUCGAAUCUUGGAGUCGACGAGAAACGGGAGCACUUGUACAAAAUACUAGUAAUCGGCGAGCUUGGAGCAGGAAAAACAUCUAUCAUCAAGCGAUACGUUCAUCAAUUCUUCUCGCAACAUUAUCGCGCGACGAUUGGAGUCGACUUUGCUCUCAAAGUGCUAAACUGGGAUCCACAUACUAUUAUUAGACUGCAGUUAUGGGAUAUCGCAGGUCAAGAGAGAUUCGGAAAUAUGACCAGAGUUUACUACAAGGAAGCCGUAGGUGCUUUCAUAGUGUUCGAUGUGACGAGAAGCGCAACGUUGGAUGCGGUAGUGAAAUGGAAACAAGAUUUGGAUUCAAAGGUACAACUUCCUGACGGAUCGCCAAUACCGUGCGUUUUGUUGGCCAAUAAAUGCGACCAGCAGAAGGAAGGUCUGGUUAACUCGCCCGCUAAGAUGGACGAAUAUUGUAAAGAAAAGAACUUUUCUGGCUGGUUCGAAACCUCGGCGAAGGAAAAUAUUAAUAUCGAGGAAGCAGCCAAAUUUCUCGUCAACAAAAUACUUCAGAACGAUCAAGUUAUGAAAGGCAAUGGCUCUCAAGACCAGACGGAUGGCGAGCGGUUCGCGUUAAGUCAAUCGCCGACAAGCUCCAAAAAAUCUUGCGGCUGCUGACAAAUAGGUAAAUUGUCGAGCUCAAGUUCGAAAUCUCGGUCGCGAUUUUCCAUUCAUCAACCUCAAUGUGUCUUCAUGAAUGUCGUGAAUAUCAUAACGUCUUACGUAUUGCUAUUCUUCUAAUAGGAAGCAUUUGCUUGUCGAAUUCUCGUUUUCGAGGGAGAAAUUAUCCGAUAAUGCUCUCUAAAAGUGACUCAGUGUAUUAUCAUUGAAAAACAGUAAAUAGUCACUGAUUAGCAAUUAUAAGUACAGCAUUGUAAA